AUGGGGACCACAGGACUCCGAUGCACAUUAUGGCUCAUCUACCUGACACUGCUGGUUGACUCGCUCACUCAGACUGCUGAUGCAAAUCACAUCGGCCGAGUGUGCGCGACUUGGGGCCAAUAUCACUGGAAGACCUUUGAUGGAAAUUUCUUCCAGCUGGCCUCCAGUUGUAACUAUCUCAUGGCCUACCAGUGUAAGGGCAGCUACAGUGAUUUCAACAUCCAGAUGAGGCGCACGACAGUCAACAAUGUCCCAACCAUCAGCGAAAUCACCUUGAUGCUUGAUGGUACAGUGGUGGAGCUCUCCGACAGCUCAGUGAUCGUGGACGGAAACAAGGUGUCUCUGCCGAAUGUCACAUUGGGGAUUACUGUCAUGGGAACCACAUCUGGUAUAACUGUAGAAACUAAGCUGGGAAUUAAAGUUAUGUGGAACCUGGAUGACUCCCUGAAUAUUGAAAUAGAUAAAAAAUACCAGAACCAGACAUGUGGACUCUGUGGGAACUUUGACGGCACACCCAAUGAUUUCAUGAAAGACGGAGCUCAGCUGUCUGUUACAGACUAUGCGGACACCCACAAGAACGAUGGGCCAACUGAGACGUGUGAGGAGCUUGUGCUCAGCCCCGUGCUGAGCUGUGGCAGUCAGAUCUUCUCCAGUGAUUCCUUCAGCAGCUGCCAGAACCUUCUGGAUGUGAAAUCCUUCAGUGAAACCUGUACGGCUGAUAUGUGCAGCAAAGAAAACAACACCGACCCUUUCCUCUGCAAAACCAUCUCAGAGUUCUCCAGACAGUGUGUCCACGCAGGCGGCAAGCCCAGUCAAUGGAGGAAUGACACAUUUUGCUACAUGGAAUGUCCAUACAACAUGGAGUACAUGGAGUAUAGCAGUUCAUGUGUUGACAGCUGCUCCACCCCUCAGGCCAGCCAGACAUGUCACAGCCACUACAGUGAAGGCUGCCACUGCCCUGCCGGAACGGUCUUGGAUGACAUUAGUAGCAGUGGCUGUGUUGCAGUGGACCAGUGUCCAUGUCUGCACAACAACACAGUCUACAAGUCAGGACAGUCCUACUCUUACAACUGUAGAUCCUGUGUGUGUGAGAGUGGACAAUGGAAUUGUAAGGAGGAAAACUGUCCAGGAAUGUGCUCUGUGGCGGGCGGGGCUCACAUCAACACCUUCGAUGGAAAAGACUACACCUUCCAUGGAGACUGCUCCUACGUCCUGACUAAGGUACAAGGGGAUGGCUUACACACUGUGCUGGUGGACCUGGUCAAGUGUGGACUUGAUGACAGAAAGACCUGCCUCAGAUCUGUAACUCUGAGUGUGAACAAUACUCUGGUUAUUAAAAUUCAAUCAAGCGGGCAGGUCUACGUGAACAACCUUCUUUCUCAGCUUCCACUGUUUCAACCAACGAUGAGUGCCUUCAGGCCUUCGUCCUUCUACAUCCUUCUGCAUUUCAAGACGGGCAUACAAGUGAUGGUCCAGCUGUCCCCCGUGAUGCAGGUCUUCAUCACAGCCGACACUUCACUCAAAGGAACCUUCUCUGGUUUGUGCGGGAACUUCAACAACGUAAUGAGCGAUGACUUCAGGGCGAUCAGUGGGCUGGUGGAGGGCACUGCAGCAGCGUUUGCCAACUCAUGGAAAACUAGAGCCAGCUGCCCCGACAUCACUCCGUCCUUUGUACACCCCUGUCAGCAAAACACCAACAAAGAAACGUACGCCAAGCACUGGUGCUCCAAUAUAAUGGAUCCUAAGGGAGAGUUUGCUCCCUGCCACUCUGUCAUUAGCCCCAAGAUUUACUACGAUAACUGCAAGUAUGACAGCUGUAACUGUGAGAAAUCUGAGGAAUGCAUGUGUGCUGCGGUCUCCUCGUACGUCUAUGCCUGUUCAGCCGCAGGAAUACACUUCAGCGGCUGGAGGAAGACCAUCUGCGGCACAUACAGUACAUCAUGUCGAGCAGAAACGGUGUACCAGUACAACAUGACCAGCUGCAGUCGUACCUGCCGUUCCCUCAGCCAGCCCGACUACUCCUGCCAGACCACCUUCACCACAGUGGACGGCUGUGGCUGUGCCGAGGGAACCUACAUGAACGAGGAGGAGAACUGUGUGCCCAAAGAAAGCUGUCCCUGCUACGAUAAAGACAACGUUGUUCCGGCCGGACAGACUUUCCACAACGACGGCUACACAUGUGUCUGCCGACAUGGAGCUCUCAGCUGCUCAGGACUGCCACCUUUACAACCGUCACCAUCAUGCCUUUCCCCCAUGGUCUACAUUAACUGCUCCACUGUUCAACCUGGGAUGACUGGGACAGAGUGUCAGAAGAGCUGCAGCAAUCUGGACAUAGCUUGUAUCAGUACAGGCUGUAAAUCUGGCUGCAUGUGCCCUGAUGGCCUGGUGUCAGAUGGAGCGGGAGGCUGUAUCAAAGAGACCAGCUGUCCAUGUCUGCACAAUGGAAACACAUAUCAAUCUGGAGAUACACUGACUGUGGGCUGCAACACCUGCUACUGCACAGGAAGGAAGUUCAUAUGUACCGAAGAAGUGUGCGAUGCAGUUUGUGGGAUCUACGGCGAUGGUCACUACACCACAUUUGACGAUAAGAGGUUCGACUUCAGCGGAGACUGUGAAUACACACUCCUUCAGGACUACUGCGGCACCGGUCAGAGCAAUGGAAGCUUCAGGAUUAUCACUGAGAAUGUUCCAUGUGGGACCACAGGGGCCACAUGCUCCAAGACCAUCCAGAUCUUCCUGGGGGAUAAUGAAUACCAACUUAAAGAUGAGACCUUCCAAAUGGUCAAGGGCAGCGGCCAGGUACUCCCCGCUCAGAUAAAAAAGAGUGGUAUUUACCUGGUGGUGACGAUCAAGCCGGGUCUCGUGCUCAUGUGGGACCAGAAGACCAGUCUUUUCGUUAACAUUUCCCCGCAGUUCAAGGGUCAAGUCUGUGGUCUGUGUGGAAACUACGACGGCAACAGUCAGAAUGAAUUCACCACGCGCUCUCAGGAGAUAGUGGCAGAUGUUCUUGAAUUUGGUAACAGUUGGAAGGUUUCAUCCAGCUGCCCAAAUGCCAAACUGCUCACUGAUCCCUGUGCCUCUAACGGCUACCGGGCAGCCUGGUCGGAGAAACAGUGCAGCAUCAUCAACAGUGUCACCUUCCAGAGCUGUCAUUCAAAGGUUGACCCUCUACCAUACCUUGACUCUUGCGUGAAAGACUCUUGUGCUUGUGACACUGGUGGGGACUGUGAGUGUCUCUGCACUGCUGUGGCUUCCUAUGCCAAAGCUUGUAACGAAGCCGGGGCCUGUGUUAAAUGGAGAUCUCCAAAGCUGUGCCCUAUUUUCUGCGACUAUUAUAAUAACCCUGGUGAAUGUGAAUGGCACUAUAAGCCUUGUGGAGUUGCCUGCAUGAAGACAUGUAGGAAUCCAUCAGGAAACUGUUCCGGGCUCAUCACUGCCCUGGAAGGUUGCUAUCCACAGUGUCCCCCAACCCAGCCUUACUUUGAUGAAGACAACAUGAAGUGCGUUGCCUUGAACCAAUGUGGCUGCUAUGAUGACAAAGGCGGCCAUUACAACAUUGGAGAUAAGGUUCCAUCGAACAACUGUCACACUUGCUCUUGCACUGUCUCUGGAAUAGGGUGCAGAUACGACGUGAACUCUUGUACAUGCGUUAUUGAUGGAAAAACCUACGACUAUGGGGAAACUAUAUACAACACCACGGAUGGUCUUGAGAACUGCUUCACAGCUAAGUGUGGGGCGAACGGGACCUUAACCAGGAAUAUCGAUACCCAGCACAACCGCACGUUCUACCACUCCAGUUUUUGGCACCACUACAAAGGCCUCAGUGUCUUCCACCACCACAGCUUUUCCCAGCUCUACUUCGAAUCCAUCAACAACCCCAUCUACAACUACAGCUGA